UAACCAAGUGCUGUAAGUUGCGAUAGAACUUGUUGCGGCCUGUGCAGCAGUUAAUUGAUAGAGCAACACUGAAAGUUGUUUGUCAUAAAUAGCUGUAAUAAUGCGAAAGUAUCAACAAUUGGCGCUCUUACUAAUAUCCUGCUUCAGUGUGGGUGUGCUCAUGAUGUACAAGAGCGAAAACAAUCGCUUAAAAUAUGUUUUAAAGUAUGUCAACUUCUUUGGCCGCAACGAUGCAGCGGUGCUGCGUCGCAUUCAGAACAGCACAACGGCCGAGGAUGAGGAGCGCCACUCCAAAUGGGUGUUUACCAAGCCACUGCCCGUUUGGCAGGUAAUUGGAGACUCCUUUUAUGCCUACUCGGCAUACUGGAAACAAAAAGAACUGGUCGUUGGGGGCGAGGCUCACGUUAUUGUGGUUGGCAAGAAGGGAGCUGUUGUGGACUUUCGGUGCAGCUUCGACGUGGGCGGUCGCAGUGUACAGGGCAAAUUUCGCUUUCAACGCGAUGCAGCGGAGGGCGUGGUCGAUGACAAGGCUAGCACCUUUACCAAUUACAAUUUCUUUUGUCAAGUCAGCCGCAAUUUCGGACAGCCAAAGUACGUUUCCUUUAGCGAUGCGACGUCCCCGUUCAAGAGGCAAGUGAAGCUGCAUCUGCGGUACUUGAAGCCGGCAAAGACAGUUGCCAAGACAACACAGACAACAGCAGCAGUACCAGCUGGACCGACCCUUACUGAAGUGCCUGUUCGCUUUCCUGCCACAAUUUGUGUUGAUUUGGUUAGCUUUGAUGUGGGCUCGCGAUUUGCACGCAAUGUGGAUGCCAUGGUGCAGUUCUUCCUAUUCCAUCAGGCGCUGGGUGUCCAACACUUCCUAGUUUACAACUACGAUGAGCUGCCGGAGCAAGUUGUACGCCUUUUGGAGCGCACCAAAAUGCAUCUGUAUAGCUUGCCCUUCAACUUCCCAUUUCUGCAAACGAAUGGCACGACUGCUCGCAUUCGUCAGCUGCUGCAGACGGAUUGCCUGCUACGCAAUGUGAAUUAUGCUAGCUUCACGAUGCUGCUCACUCCGAACGAACUGGUGUAUCCAAAUGCACGCUUCGCCGACAACUCGGGCAAGAACUCGCUGCAGCGGAAUCUUCGCGCCUAUGAAAGCGAUACAGUUCGCUUUGAGCUGUCCACCUUUGCCGUCUGCUUUGAUGAGCGCAGGAAGCUGCUCAUAGACAACGUGCAAUACGAUCCAGAGUUGAAGUCCAAGGUUCUCCUCUAUCGCCUGGAGUUGCCGGCAGCGCAGCUCUUGCUGCCCACGGCGAAGGGCGUCGAGCUGCCGUUGUCCAGUGGCUUCGCACAUCGCUAUGUAGAGUGCCAACAGGUGGGCGCAGAUGGGCUACAUGAUUGGCGCACUGGCGUGCGGGAGGAGAUGAUGGAGCACAUCACUCAGCUGCGCAAUGAAGUCGAUUUACUCAUUUAGAUGUUAAGUCUAGAGUUAAUUAAGCUAGUUAGGUUAAGCUAAAAGUAUUGACUCAAUUCGACUGCCAUAAUGCCAAAAGCUUUA